AUGACAAUGGACGUCACUAUCUCCCUUGCCGAUAAGCGGCACCUGUUCGAGAACCUGGAACCACCCCCAGACGAUGCACUGAGCCCAGAGGAAAUCUCGCUGCGCCGUGAUUGCAAUGGCUUCUUCAAACCCCGGCCGAAACGACCAUCACCCCCGACGUCGGCGAGGGCACCGCCGCACACGACACCCAGAAGAGUCUCAUCGGCGCCCCAGACACUGAAGCAGGGCGACUCCUCCAAGGUCAUCCAAAACACACCUGCGAGCGUCUACGUACGCAAGGGAGUGCUUCACAACCUGCUCCAAGGCACGGAAUCCGACGACACGACCACCGCCAUCCCCGCGUCGACCCGUCGUCUCCAACGCAGCGAGACGGCGCCGCUUCCACUGCCGAAACGAAUGACGAGUGAGAAUGAGACCGAGACACCGACAGCCACGAAGCGGCGGCGACGAAAGGCCAGCGACGUGCCACCGAGACCAGCGACUGAGCAGGUCUUCCAGGGCCUGGUCUUUUACUAUGUCCCCAACAACGACAUUGCCCCCGCGCGGAGGAUGAGGAUGGCCAAGGCCAAGGCAUGCGGUGCGACCAGGACAGAGUUUGCUUCCGGGGCCACGCACUUCAUCGUGGACAAGGCGCUCACGUUUCAAGAUGUAGAGGCUGACCUGGCCACGGCGGCACGAGGGGCGGCUGUCGUGAAUGAGGACUGGCCGCUGGACUGCAUGCAGUUCAAGUCCGUUCUGGAUGUCGGGCAGAAGAAGUACUUGCUGCGCGGGCAGCCGGAUGCCCAGCCGCCCACAGCUGAACCAGCAGCAGCAGCACCGCCGCCGAGAUCGGAGGAAUUGUCACGGUCGCUGCAGCUGAAGCCGCCGCAGAGGAACCCGAAGAAGUGGGAUUACGUUCCGCCCAGAGGGACGCCCGGGAGGAGCGAAGAGUCUUCCCUGGAAGCCGGGCCGCGCGGUGGCGAGUCGCAGCCUGUGGUCCUCGACCUGAGCGCCAUGGCGGAACCGACACCGUCCCGGGAUGCCAAGGGCGACGAGUUGUCCAGUGUCAUCGACUUGAUGCAAGAGUAUAGAGAACUCCCACUCGAUGCCGAAGAGCACGACGACGAAGACGCGCGCUCCAACGCCGGGACAGUCGAAGACUUACCAAGCGCAGACGAAGAGGCGGGCUCGGAGGUGGAACGCAGCCGCCAAACACAUCGUCCCGCAUCCCGAGGCAAGAAGAUGCGCUUCGAGGAGCGGUUCGCGUGCAAUCAAGCCACGGCGCAGGACGCUCGCCCCGACAACCCCAACGCCAGGACGAUGGAGGUGCUGCAGCAGAUGGCGGGCUACUACGACCGCAUCAACGACAACUGGCGCACCGUGGCCUACCGGAAGGCCAUCAGCACCCUGAAGCGGCAGGACGUGCGCAUCACCACGGAGCAGGAGGCGCUCCGGCUGCCGGGCGUCGGUCCACGGCUGGCGCAGACGAUUGAGGAGGUUGUCACGACGGACCGUCUUCGACGGCUCGAGUACGCGGAGGAUGAGCCCAUGGGCAAGGUGCUGCGGCUGUUCAUGGGCAUCUACGGUGUUGGCAACAAGCAGGCACAACAGUGGAUCGCGCAGGGGUUCCGGACGCUGGACGAUCUGAAGAGGGACGCCAGGCUGUCCGCCAACCAGCUCGUGGGCAUAGAGCGGUAUGACGACCUGCAGCAGCGCAUACCGAGACACGAGGUGGAAGCACUCGGCAGCAUUGUGAAGAAGACCGCCGCAGGGAUCGACGGGGCCGUGGAGAUUAUCAUCGGGGGCAGCUAUCGGCGCGGGUCCCAGACGUCGGGCGACAUUGACAUUGUGGUAACCAAGCCCGGCACGGAGCUGUCUGGCGACCUGGUGCCGUUCCUCGACACGCUCACGAGGACCCUCGAGGCGAGCGGGUUCCUGGUGGCGUGCCUGGCCUCGUCGCGGUCCGCCGAGGGCAGCAAGUGGCACGGGUGCUGCGUGCUGCCAUCGUCGUCGUCGCCGUCAUCGUCGUCGACAGAACAACGUCACCUUUGGCGACGCAUUGACUUCCUGCUGGUGCCAGAGACGGAGCUGGGCGCGGCGCUCCUCUACUUUACGGGCAACGACAUUUUCAACCGCAGCAUGCGCCUGCUCGCCAGCAGAAAGGGGAUGCGCCUGAAUCAGCGCGGUCUCUACAGGAAUGUGCUGCGCGGUGCCGCGAGGGCCAGGGUGACAGAGGGGGAGCUCGUCGAGGGGCGGGACGAGAGGAGGAUCUUUGCGCUUCUGGGUGUCCAGUGGCGCGAGCCGCACGAACGGUGGUGCUAG